GUUUGUUUGACGUGACACUCCCUCCUUGCCGAUGGAAGGCCGACGUCACCCUGCCAGCGGAGGAGAGGAUGGCCUCUGUCAUAAAAACACAUGAAGAGAAGUGAGGAAAAGGAGAAGAUUGGCCGUGGGGAAAUGAUGGCGUCUCCUUUCUUCUCGCACCACCGCUGGUGAGCCUUUGGAGACGAGCCUGGACACAUUUCAGAGGCGACAUCGACCGCUCUGGCUCAAAUGGGAUGCUAUGCGCGGAUUUCUUGGCUUUUGUGAGCAGACGGAGAGAGAUAACUGUACUGUAUCCCAGCCUAUCGGAUCGGAGUGAGAGUCCGCCAUAUUCCGCCUCACCACGCCCGGGAGUCGAGCCGCUGGGAAAUAAACGGACCGCUUUAUUCAUGGUUUCACCACAUUGCCAUCAGCCGCGGACGGUAACGUAAACACGGGGCGGGGGGUGGGGGUGGGGGGUCGUGUUGAUUGGAAAACAACAACACCGAAGACUUUGAAGUGAGUGCGGCCGGACGCGAAUAAUGCUUGACGAGAUCCCACAGAGCAGGAAGAUGCGUCUUAAAGGGAUCUGUUGCUCAUUUUGAGAAGGAAAAAGCAGAUUACACCAAUUAGGAUCGCACGGAUAUUCAACUCAAACCGCCUUGGACACUAUUUUGAAGCUGUUGAAACGGGGGCCGCCGGGGGGUGGGUGGCUCAAUAAUAUCAAAUGUUCCUUUCCACCACAAUGUGUGCGCUGUUGUAAAAAAAAAAAAGGCGUACACGCGUUAAUUCACCGCAAGUGGGCCUGCACGAGGACGUUAUUUGGCAUUCGCAGGCCUCUGCUUCUUUUCUUUUUUUCCACCACCGAAACUGAAAUCGGAAUGAACCAGUAAGAGGGGAAAAAGGCGAGAAAAAACAACAACAACAACAAACAGGAGCGAGAAUGACCCUGGAAUCCAUAAUGGCGUGUUGCCUCAGCGAGGAGGCGAAAGAAGCGAGGCGGAUCAACGACGAGAUCGAAAGGCAGCUCCGCCGGGAUAAGAGGGACGCACGCCGGGAACUGAAACUGUUGCUUCUCGGCACUGGAGAAAGUGGGAAGAGCACGUUCAUCAAACAGAUGAGGAUUAUCCACGGCACCGGUUACUCUGACGAGGACAAAAGGGGUUUCACCAAACUGGUCUACCAGAACAUCUACACAGCCAUGCAGGCCAUGAUCCAAGCCGCAGAGACGCUCAGGGUCCCCUACAAAUAUGAGCACAACAAGGGCAACGCAAACAUUGUGAGAGAGGUGGACGUAGAAAAGGUCAGCAUGUUAAAGAAUCCUUAUGUAGAUGCAAUCAAGAGCUUAUGGAAUGACCCAGGCAUCCAGGAGUGCUACGAUCGAAGGAGGGAAUACCAACUCUCAGACUCCACUAAAUAUUACCUGAAUGCGUUGGACCGGAUCGCUGAGCCAGCCUACCUUCCCACACAGCAGGAUGUGUUGAGGGUUCGAGUCCCCACCACGGGCAUCAUUGAGUAUCCCUUUGACCUGCAGAGUGUCAUAUUCAGGAUGGUGGAUGUCGGAGGUCAGAGGUCGGAGAGAAGGAAGUGGAUCCACUGCUUUGAGAACGUCACAUCCAUCAUGUUCCUGGUGGCGCUCAGCGAGUACGACCAAGUUUUGGUGGAAUCGGACAAUGAGAACCGAAUGGAGGAGAGCAAAGCCCUGUUUAGGACAAUUAUCACAUACCCCUGGUUCCAAAACUCCUCAGUCAUUCUCUUCCUCAACAAGAAGGACCUGUUAGAGGAGAAGAUCAUGUACUCUCAUCUAGUGGACUACUUCCCAGAGUAUGACGGCCCCCAGAGGGAUGCCCAAGCAGGCCGAGAGUUUAUCCUCAAGAUGUUUGUGGACCUGAAUCCAGACAGCGAUAAGAUCAUCUACUCUCACUUCACCUGUGCCACUGACACAGAGAAUAUCCGCUUCGUCUUCGCUGCCGUCAAAGACACCAUCCUGCAGCUCAACCUGAAGGAGUACAACCUGGUGUAGAGCGGAGCGGGGCUACCAACAGGAGGCCCUCAGCACACACUGACUGACGCAAUCUGUGAAAAUAUGGAUCAUAUACUCACACAUGAAAAGAUACUCGGAACGAGAAAAAAUCUAAUGGUUGCAUAAUACUAAUUUCUUUUCCAUUUGUUGAUCUUUUGGUCCUCAAGUGUUGAGCAAAGUAAAUUGUAUCUAGCUAUUUAAGGAGUUGUUGAAAUAAGGGGGGGGGGGUGCUGUUGAAUAUGUACAGCAACAAUGCUCAUUUUGCGCAUUGUGAAGUUUUUUUAUUUAAAUUGUUUUGCUUUUUGACAGAAAAAAAUUAACUUCUUUGUCCGCUUGAGGUUAGGUUUGGGGGCUCAGUGAGUUACAUCAGAGCCAAUGAGCUCCCUGCCUCCUGCCUUUUUAUAACAAGAAGAACAAACUAGUUUUCUUACCUUUUCUUGCCCCCGUAACUGUCGGGUCAUUCUGAAGCUUCGUCCUGGGUGUUUUACCUGUUAGCACAACAGGAAAUGAUGUAACAUCUCUAAUUGACAGCUUCCAUUCUCCUUCAAAGGACUGGUUGGCAAGUCUCUUGUUGAAUCGGUAUAAACUGUGAUUUUUUUAAUUAUUUCAUAUUGAUUUGGUAUUUAUUGACUGAAAUCAUUAUCAUUAUUAUUUGUAUUAUUUACUUUGGUACCAUCCGAUGAUGUGAGACUAUGGAGGUACAUUCUCCACAUUUUGGGGGGACAUAGCCCGAGUCUUCCCAGUCUAGUUCUCCAGCAGCGACGUAACCAUGAAGGUGAGAACUUUGAGAGGAACCGGCUUUUGAAAUGCUUUCUGAGCUUUGAGCGGCUCGGCGAGGAGGCACAUGCUCUGUCAGGUCACGGAAAUCAUGAUGUCGCUGAUGUUGCUUUACACAGACUGAAGGGAAUUGAGGGGAUAGUGUAUGAGACCAUGUUGUUAAAUUAUGUUCAGCUGUGCCACAUUAACACUUUUUAUUAUGGUAAUUUGUAUAUUUAUUGCGAAAUGCCAAAACAACUCGAGCACCAUGUACUCCACCUUGCGCUGUUUGCUGCUUCAAUUAAACCAAAAGUGUUGAGGACAGGAAAAGAGCAGGUCUAAUGAAUGAAGACUUUACUUAUUUAUCAACUCCUGCGAGUAUUCAACUAAGUCAAUGCCCCCCCCCCCCCCAAGCUGUCUUGACUGUUGUAGUUCAAUGGCAGUGGAGAAUACAUUUGGCUAAUUCCUACAUAAAAGGACACAGUGUUGAUGUUUGGUUUGUACUAAAGUAGGCCCUUCUUCUUUCUAAUUGGCAAUUCCCUUAUUCCCUGUUACUUUAAGUAUUUUUUGUAACAACUUGUAACAAGCCUGUAAUUUACAUUUAUUGAGGCAUAGUGCAAUUAUAAAUGCUAUAAUCAUUGUACAUACAUCGUUCUAUAUAUAUAUAUAUAUAUAUGGCAGAAUCUUUGUUGGCUUUGUAAUCAUAACUUUUUUGGCAGAUUGAAUGUGCGGUGUUGAAAAUAUGUAUCUAUGUAAUUGUAUUGUACGUCAAAUGGCAAAUUCAUUUCAAGAAAUAAUGUUAUUUACAUGUUUGUUUUUGUUUCUUGUUUUUGAAGAGGAGAAUGUACAUUUGUUGUCUUGCUAGUUUUGUUUCUCAGCAAUGAGACAUUGUUCAGCAUCAGAACGACAUUAACAGAAAUAUCAUUAUCUAAAAACACAUGAUCGGUAUGCCAGUACUUACAGUAGCCAGUUUGUUAAAUGUACUUUUAUAUGGGGAACAACUGCAGACUGAAUCCAAUCUACAGGGCUAAUUGUAAUAGUUUAGUUCUUAACUGGCUUCAGAACCAGAGCACUCAUCAUAUAGGUGUAAUCACGUCACUCAUUGAUUCUUUUAUAUUUAACUUAAUCACACACUGUCUCAAUAAGUAUUUAUUAACUUUGAGAUUUCGUAGUGUACCGCACACCUUGUGAUCCUGGGCACUCCCCACUCCACUACCUUAGUAUGUUUUAUUUAACAAGUACUGCUAGAACGGGGUGGAUGGCAGGCAGGUUAAGUGUUGCUUUGGCUCAGAUUUUGUACAAAACAUCCUGUUACGGAUGUAUUUUUCUGAUUGUUUGUGCUAUGAGAUGCCAUCAACCUUACCACCUCAACUGAAACUCCACCCCAAUAGAAACUCAGUAUCGUCAGUGUGUACACAAAAAAAGACUCAACAAUUUGGCCUAAUUAGGAUGGUACAUUCACAGGUGCUUUUAUAUUUGUUGUUGUUUUUUACUUUGUUUCAAUCUUGAAUGCCACCAUUUCAUUAAAAUGUACAGUAUUAUUUUAGACUUUAUUUAUGAAAUGACAACAUAAUAGACAAAAACACAACAGUUCACAUGUACAUAUUGCCUUAUUGAGUAAGCUGUGCCUCUGAAGUCUCGUGCAAGGCACCUGUGUUUUUAUGAGAAGUGAAGCUAGUGCAACCAAUAAUGUCCCAUUGUGCAGCUGGAGGAGUGUUUGGUUCUUGCUUGGUGGUCUCUCUUUGUUAUUCUGUGCUAUAAGACGCCCUGGGAACAGCUUUGAAGUGCAGCUAAUAUAAAAGCAUUACAGGAUGUAAGAACGUCAUGAGUGAAUUGAAAUCUGAACACACCUUAUUGAUUUCAUAAUAUUGUCGCAUCAGAUUAAUGUCUUAAAAACUCACGCCACAGUGCAUUAUAAUGCAUUAAACAGCCUGAUGUGACUGCAUUUAUACAACAUAUCAUCAGGAUCUGUGGUAUGUGACACAGUCUGGACUCUAAUCCACCACCAGCCACCUGUGGAGUUGUUUUUUUUUGUUGCCACAUUUGGCUGUGGUUUGGCAUCUAGCAGCCACUUUGGCAGGCAACCAGCCCUCCCUCAGAGGUCCUGUUGUUUUCACAUAUUUCAGUUGGCGGGCAAAAUUUCUUACAAGGAUGAUUGAUUUUGGCAGGCAACGCCCGCUUCAACAAGUUAAUUUCCAGCCCGAUUCCCAGUGAGAGCUGAGUAAAUCUUACAAUAACCACUUCUCAAGAGCAGGGCCUCAUAGGAAAAAAAAUUGGGGGCCAAUUUGUCACACAUUUACCUGGAUGCUAAAAACGGUGUUAAUGUGAUUCUGCUCGUUGCCAGAGGAGAAGUUUCGAAGAUGGACUAUAGUUUCAACUUAUCAGUGUUGAUGGUCACUUGUUGUAGAGUUGCAGUAAUCAGUAACUUGUGUCCCUGCUGUGAUAAAGUGCUUAUUUACACUGUCGCUGCUGCUUAAAGGGAAUCCUUGUUUAAACAAUUCACACUGCAUUCAACCCAGUGAGCAGAGAUUGCCUGGCCCUGUUUGUGAGCUUCAAAGACUAAUAAAAAGAUGAAAAAACAGA